GGUUUAGCAGUCGAGCGGAGCAUAGAGACCCGGGAUCUUCGUGUUGCUGAGCGCAAAUGCGAAUAGCGGGUCGAGUCCGCCCGUCAUGACUGUCGAUUGACCACAGCAGCGGUCAGUUUGACGCCCGCAGAGCGCCGUGCAUGCAGCUCAAGUGACAGCGUCUGGGCACCGCUGAAGCUUUUGUCUUCGAAGGGAAUUUUCAAGUGCAGGAUAGGCGUCUGGAGCUUGUGAACCAGAGUACAAAAAAUUGAGCCGGUUCAUUUUCACCUACGACGCAGCGGCCAUUGCACUGGCUAAAUGAAGAACUUGUGAACAUGCGCGAGGGACGGACUCUACCUUUCACUUCGGUGACUUCCCCAGAUGCUUUGGCCCAAGGAAAGAUGGAAAGGAAUGGCAAGAACUUGAGCCAAGGCUGCUGCACAGCACCCAUUCAGUGAGCCAAACAGGAGAUCCUGCAUACGCCACGUCGCUGAGCCCGUCAACCUUCCCCCUUCGACCCCUCGUCCUCCAAUCACCAUGACCUCUGAACUGGAGAGUAGCCUGACCUCAAUGGACUGGCUGCCCCAGCUCAGCAUGAGGGCGGCCAUCCAGAAGGCAGACACAGGACACCACCACAGCCACCACCACGGGCACCAUCACCACAGUCACCAUCACGGGCACGGGCCUGGCAAGAAAAUCGUCCAUCUGGACCCAGGAACGACGCUGGACCAAGAGGAAGUAGCACAGCACAGAGAUGGUAAACCUCCCUACAGCUAUGCCAGUCUCAUUACCUUUGCCAUCAACGGCUCGCCGCGCAAACGGAUGACCCUCAGUGAGAUCUACCAGUGGAUCUGUGACAACUUCCCCUACUACCGAGAGGCAGGCAGUGGCUGGAAGAAUUCUAUACGACACAACCUGUCCUUGAACAAGUGUUUUCUCAAAGUGCCUCGCUCCAAAGACGACCCUGGAAAAGGUUCCUACUGGGCCAUAGAUACCAAUCCUAAAGAAGACACAGUACCCAGCAGGCCAAAGAAGAGACCGCGAUCCGGAGAAAGGGCAUCUACUCCUUACAGCCUAGAGUCCGAGUCUCUGAGAAUGGACUGCAUCAUGUCAGGAGGGGCGUCUCCCACACUGGCCAUCAAUGCUGUGACCAACAAGGUAGCGCUGUACAACCCUGAGGCAGAGGGCAGUGAGAGUCCAGGGAGUUUGGGCGGCAGCCUCAGCAACAGUCUUUCAGAGCAGAGUUUGGCGUCCGUCAACCUUAACAACCUGAACACUGCCGUCAGCAGCGGCAGCAACGUACACAGCUACACACCAGUGAGUACCCACUCAGAGCCUUCACCCCAGUCCCUGAGCCUUCAGCAGCCCGCCCAGCCCCCGCCGCCUCCCCCUCCUCCCCCACAGCCCCAGUACGGUUUGCCCGUCCCGGAGUCGCGGGACAAGCAGCUCUGUUUCUCGGACUUCGAGGACCUCAGUGCUUCUUUCCGCAGUCUUUACAAGUGCGUCUUUGAGCAGUCUUUCUCACAAGGUCUGAUGGGUAUGCCGGGUGACUCCAGCCAGCAGGCCCGGACCGCCUGCUCUUACCAGCACUCUCCUGGUGCGGGAAGCAGCGGGGGCCACCACCACCAACACAACCACGGCCAGGCGCCGCACCACGCCCACCACCCUCAGCAGCACCUGUCCCCUCACUCCACCCACGGCCAGCACCAGGCACACGGUCAGCAUGGUCAGCACCAACAGCACCCUGCGCACUCCCAGCAGCACCCGUCUCUCUCCCACCAGAGUCACACUGGACAGACCUGCCCCUCAACAGGUAUUUCAUCAGACUGGUACCCCAACCUGGACUGGCUGAAGGAGAGCUGCCGCAUUGCUACCAGCUACAACUGGGCUGACGUAGACCUCUCCCCAUUUCAAGGUCUGAAGGAGAGCAUGCGACAGGCUGAGCUCAACAACUGGUCGCUGGACGCCGCCCAGAUGGCCGACCUGUGCUCCUCCAUUAACCAGUUCUUCACAGCCACAGGGGUCAUCCCCCCUCAGGGCGCCGCCCACCCACAACCUCAGGUCCAACACCCGACACCACCAGGAGCACCACAGCACCCGGCUCAGCCACAUGGGGCCAUGCACCCAAAGGCCAGCCAGCACAAUCAACAUGGGCAACACAACCAACAUAACCAACACAUCAGCACGGGGAACAUGUACAUGGACUCCAGACAGAACAUGUCCUCACUGAUGGGCCCACCAGGAUACCCCCACAUGCCUCCGAUGAGCAACACGGCUCCCACCAUGACAGGUGACUGCUCCAUCUCUCUCAACAGGUCAUCACAGCCAGCUGAGCCAGCAGCAGCAGCAACACACGCUGCCUCCGGGACACUUCCAAGUGAGACGCAUGCUCGCUGCAGACGACAUCCAGGAUGACUUUGACUGGGACUCCAUUGUCUAAACGGAGCCGUCGGUUGAACAGAGGGAGGACGAGAGAGACUGGAGAUGAGAGACAGAGACGACAUGUGAUGACAGGUGAGGUAUGGAACUGACCAACCUGCUCCUUUCACCAGUGUGAAAAAAAAACAGAAGACAAUCCAACUGAAAACAAAUGGAAAGUACAUUUUUUUCUGAUCUUGCUGGCCUUUUCUUUUGUGGUAAAAGUGGUUGAUGACUCUAAAGACAAUCAUUAAAAUGAGACUUAAAUGGGAUUGGACCAAGCCAAGAUGUAAACACACAUCAUCCAAAGCAAAAGGACGUGUGAAGCUCUCUGAACUGUCUCAUGUUGUGUCCCCCAGCGCCAACAGGGUUACAAGUCGCCAAAAGUGUUGUCGAAUCGUCUGUGAAUUAUUUGCCUUUCGUUCUCUUAAAUCUUUUGUGUUGUGUCCCAUAUCUGCAAAAUUCCAGCACCUGAGGCUGAAAUGAAUAGAAACCUUGACUUCUUCGAAACUCCCUGCAGAAAAUAAAUUAUCCAUCAUCCACAUGCAUUCACACACACUCGUGCGCAUUGAGCAGGUCUUACCUAUUACAUCCUAUUCUUUGUUCAUCUUGACACUCAGAAGGAGGAUUUGUGAAGAAGAGAGUAACCACGGUGUACCUGUUCAACUUGAAUCAGUAAUGGCUGAGUUGACCACCACCUGCUGGUUAAAACAGGCACCUUUUUUGCUUCAUCUGCCUAAAAUGGUUCUAUGCACCACAAUCUGUUUUUCCUUACCUUUAUUCUGUCACACUUUUUCACUUUAUUUUCAUCACUUUAAAUGUCAUUCUUGCAUGAGUGGAACAGCCCAUGGUGCCAUGUUCUCAGGGUGUUACAUUCCUAAACAUCGUCGCACCUCUGCCAUUAGCAUCUCUAUAUGUGAGGUUGUCUGCGUGUUGUACGGUGCUAUCAGUGUUCACUUGGCGAACAGCGAGCAUCCUUGUGAGAAGUUUAAAAUCUUCAUUUGUCAGCUUAUAAGCUAACUCAUGUGAAAUACUGUGGAAUACAUUUGUCAGUAGUUCAAACAGCAGCCACUAAUUGAAAUGAAAACGAGACGCUGGCUAGACUUGGACUUUGUCUACAGAAAUACUUUGUUUUCUGAGAUACAAUUCAGUUUUUCAAGGUUUCAUUAUUUUUGGGAAAGUGCAUAUCAUUCAUGGCCAGGCAGAGAAGACUGGUUGUUAUUUCAAGAUGCCUCAUUUAGGAGAAGAUGAGCAGUUUUUUGCACAACAUGAAGCUUGAUAGCAUCUAGUGAAUGAGAAAAACAAAAGAAAAUGGUGAACAUUUUAUUUCUUUGUUUCAAAAGACAUUAAAAAAAAAAAUAGAGCAGCAAAAGAGCAAAGACUAAGCAAAAUAUUCAACUUUUUUUACUGUGAUGUUUAAUUUUGUCUGUGUGUACAAGUGUGUAUAGUCCUCUCUGAUUUCCUUUAGCAUACAGCUCCGUACAGUUCAAAAAAUACACAUAAGAAACAAAUACUUUGUUUGUAAUAAGUGGGUACACAGUGAACUAUGGGACCUUAAAGUGCUCUUUGGUUUGAAAGAUCUCAGUGAUUGUUCAGAUGGUCAAAACAAGGUCUCACUGUAGAAAAAAAAAAAGAAAAAUACUCUUUAUUAUUGCCAUUAAAUGCUGUAUUACAGUGACCAGCAUAUAUAUCUUGUAUGUUUGUGUGUUGUUGUCCUUGUAAAUAACAGUAUGUUAAUCCUCUGUUUGCCCUUGAAAAACUGAUGAAAACUGCAAAUGGAGAGAAAGUAUUUUGUUAUCUGUCCUUCAGGAGACACAGUAUGUAUAUACCUUCAGUAUAUUGUAAAUAAGUGGUUAAAAAAAAAAAAAAAAAAGUUUGGCGUUGGCGUUUUGUGUGUCAUAAAUAAUCUGUGUAUGGAGGUUCAACAGUUAAAAAUCUGUUUCAGUGUUUAUUAAAAUGUCAUUGACCAUUUUUACUGCGCUAA